UUGUUGAAGUUCGUGACUGCUGCACUCUCUCUUUCUUGGCUUGACUUUGGAAAUGACUUUUGAUGACCUAAAGAUCAAGACUAUGAAGGACCACCCUGAUGAGAAGUCAAAUGGAAAAAAAGCUAAAGGUCUUCCCUUUCUUUAUUCUCCAUGGUGGUGCCUGGUUGCUGUGACUCUAGGGGUCCUUUGCCUGGGAUCGGUGGUGAUCAUUAUAAAGCUGGGUGUGGAAUUAUCCCAGGUAUCGGACCUCCUAACACAACAGCAAGCAAAUCUAACUCACCAGAAAAAUAAACUGGAGGGACAGAUCUCAGCCAGGCAACAGGCAGAAGAAGCUUCACAGGAAUCACAAAAAGAACUCAAGGAAAUUAUUGAAACCCUCGCCCAGAAGUUGAAUGAGAAAUCCAAAGAGCAAAUGGAACUUCACCAACAGAAUCUGAAUCUCCAAGAAACACUAAAGAGAGUAGCAAAUUGUUCAGCUCCUUGUCCUCAAGACUGGAUCUGGCAUCAAGAAAACUGUUACCUAUUUUCCUCGGGCUCACUUGACUGGAAAAAGAGCCAAGAGAACUGUUUAUCUUUGGAUGCCAAGUUGCUGAAAAUUAAUAGUACAGCGGAUCUGGACUUCAUCGUGCAAGCAGUUUCCCAUUCCAGUUUCCCAUUCUGGAUUGGGCUGUCUCGGAGGAACCCCCGCUACCCGUGGCUCUGGGAGGACGGUUCUCCUCUGAUGCCCUACUUAUUUAGACUCCGAGGUGCUGUUUCCCAGACAUACUCUUUAGGUUCCUGCGCAUAUAUACAACAAGGAACUGUUUUUGCGGAAAACUGCGCUUUGGUUGCCUUCAGAAUAUGUCAGAAGAAGGCAAAUCUACUAAGAGCACAGUGAAUUUGAAGUCUCUAGAAGAAAAGAAGAAAGUCUUCGAGUUUUAUUCUGGAAUUUAAGCUAUUCUUUGGAUGCAAAGCAUGAAAGCCCAGAGAUCGGUCGGCUAGCUCGCUGCAGAAUUCCUUUGCAGAAACUGGGGCUCCAGGUGCGUGCAUGGCACCUUUAUGCCAGUAUUUUUUAUUCUAGCUGUCGGUAUUACUUCACCUAGCUUGUCCCAAGCUUCCCUGCUAGCUGAAGUCCAUUUUCCUUUUUUUAUUUUAAAAUUUGACUCUUCUUCAAGCUUGAAAA